GCGAAGACCAUCACGCCAUAAAGCCGACGACGAAACACAAAACAGACGCCAAUAUUAGCACCUUCGUUUCUCAAACAGACAUACAUAUUACAUACAUUUUUGGAAGGCUUUCUUUUUUUUUGUCUCUCUGGGGACUUUUCACAAACACCUUUUGCGCGGUUUUUGGAUUUGAUCGUUAGGUAAGGGUUCUUGUGAAUCUGUAGUAGACCGAAAAUGAGUUUCAGAGACGAGAAUGAAGAAUCAAGGGAUCUCAGAAAGCCAUUUCUCCACACCGGAAGCUGGUAUCGCAUGGGUUCGAGGCAAUCCAGUAUGCUGGGCUCGUCCCAGGCCAUCCGCGAUAGCUCCAUCUCCGUCGUCGCCUGCGUUCUCAUCGUCGCUUUGGGUCCAAUCCAAUUCGGAUUCACCGGUGGUUAUUCCUCGCCAACACAAUCAGCAAUCACCAAGGAUCUUGGACUUACAGUCCCGGAGUUUUCUCUGUUUGGUUCUUUAUCAAAUGUAGGUGCCAUGGUUGGGGCAAUAGCCAGCGGUCAAAUAGCUGAGUGUAUUGGUCGAAAAGGAGUAAGAAUGCAUAAAUCUCCUAUUGUGUUUCUUUCAAGAGUCAUAAUUACUUCUUUUCCCAAUUUGGUUAUUUAUUUAUUUAUUUAUUUUUCAUAGGAUUCUUCUUUUCUCUACAUGGGAAGAUUGUUGGAAGGAUUUGGCGUGGGGAUAUUCUCAUACACUGUGCCUGUAUAUAUAGCUGAGAUAGCACCUCAAAACUUGAGAGGCAGUUUGGGUUCGGUGAAUCAGCUCUCAGUAACCAUUGGGAUAAUGCUUGCUUACCUGCUAGGACUUUUUGUUCCAUGGAGAAUACUAGCAGUUUUGGGAACACUGCCCUGUAUAAUACUAAUACCUGGACUGUUCUUCAUUCCAGAAUCUCCUCGGUGGCUUGCAAAAAUGGGCAUGAUGGAAGAUUUCGAAGCCUCUUUGCAAGUUCUCCGGGGAUUUGAUGCUGAUAUUACUGUUGAAGUGAACGAAAUUAAGAGGGCUGUAGCAUCAUCAGCAGGCAAAAGAACGACAAUCCGAUUUGCGCAGCUCAAACAAAGAAGAUACUGGCUACCUCUAAUGAUUGGAAUAGGAUUACUUGUACUGCAACAGAUUAGUGGAAUUAACGGCGUUUUAUUCUAUUCAAGUACCAUUUUUGAAGCUGCUGGGGUGAAAUCGAGUAAUGCCGCAACAUUUGGUCUUGGGGCUAUUCAGGUUGUAGCUACUGCAGUGACUACAUGGUUGGCGGACAAAGCGGGCCGCAGGCUUCUUCUUAUUGUUUCAUCUGCUGGAAUGACAAUUAGCCUCCUUGUCGUUGCAGUAGCAUUCUUUCUAAAGGAUUCUGUAUCGAGUGAUUCUAGUUUAUAUAGCGCACUUAGCAUCAUAUCAGUGGUUGGAGUUGUGGCCAUGGUAGUCACCUUCUCAUUGGGUAUUGGAGCUAUUCCAUGGAUUAUAAUGUCCGAGAUUCUUCCGGUCAAUAUUAAAGGCCUUGCUGGAAGUGUAGCAACACUUGCCAACUGGUUUACUGCGUGGGUGGUUACAAUGACUGCAAAUUUGCUCUUGAAUUGGAGCAGUGGAGGAACCUUCACCAUUUACAUGAUUGUGAGUGCUUUCACCGUGGUAUUUGUUACAAUUUGGGUUCCGGAGACAAAAGGAAGAACAUUGGAAGAAAUCCAAUGGUCCUUCAGAUGAGGUUUCCUUUCCGCUUUUAUUUCAUUUUUGUUUCUCUGUUAGAAAUGAUCACGGAUACUCUGCAUUGAAUAUGUAAUUUUUUUUUGGGUGGG